GAAAGAGAGAGAGAGAGAGCCUUUCGUUUUUAUCAGAACAACAACAAGAAGAAGAACAACAACAAGCUCUGUCUGUGUAGCUUUGUUUCGUUCUCUCUCUGUGAUUUUCUCUCUCUUUUUUCUUUCAAUUACUUUCUUAGAAACCAAACACGAAAAUUUACGACAGCUACACUAUAAAAGCUGAGGAUCUGGAUUCUGAACCUCGUGAAGAGUGAGAGAGAGGGAAAGAGAGAGAGAGAGUUCAGAACGUGGUUUCCUUAGCUGAUUUCGAACAAGAUUGUGUUAAUUUUCAUUGAAAACAAGAAUUUUAGAGUUAAAGAGGUUACAUUUCGGAGAGAUUUGAGCUGUUUUUUAAGGAAUCUGAAACUUUUGUUUUGUCAUAUGAAAAAAAAAAUCAAGAGCGGUUAUCGGUUGGAGAGAUUAGAUUCUUACAUGGAAGUCGAAGAUUUACGCCCUGAAAUGUCAACAUUUUGUUGAAAUCUGAGUAAUACAGGGUAUCGGAAACUAUUGGGUUUCUCAGAUAGUGAUUCGGUGAGAUUUUCAGCUGUGUAUAAAAAUGGAUAAAGACUCUGUGAUGAGGAACAACCACACCAACAACAGCAACAUUAGAGGAGGAGGUGAAGCGACGUCGUCGUUUUUGAGACCAAGUAUUGAUAGCAGUAGACAACAGGCAACGACGUCGUCUGAUUUCGGGUUCCAGUGGGGGAAUCGCAAGCGGCUUAGGUGUAUGAAAAUCCAGGUCAAGGACAAGGACCACGACUCGACUGGACCGGUUCACAGGACCACGGUUCGCGUGGACCGCCGGGUCGUCCGAGCCGAUAAAGACUCGUCGAAUAGUCACCCCAGUAAUAAUGGGUAUUUGAAUCUGCGUCACCGACCCUCUUCUUCUCCUCCACCGCCACCUCAGCGAAUUCUCAGGAACUCUGCUGAGAUUACUUCAAGUGCUAUGAGGGGAGGCCAAAGCAACGGAGGAGUUGUGAGGGGAAUUGUUGCCUCACCGGACAGAGGGGGUGCGCACGAUAAGAAAGUGACACACACCAAUCACAAUAGCCAACACCACCCCCAUCACCAUCACCAGAAUGAGAAUAAUAUCAAUAAUCAUAAUAAGUCAGCGGCUGCUUCGUCCGAGACAGCGCACGAUAGCAAGAAAGGUGGUGGUGGCUGUGGUGGCUCGUCGUCUGGGGGCAGCGGUGACGCUGGUGUAGCAGGUGCAGGAAGUGUUGUGUGGCCUCCAAAGUUCGUCAUUGCUUUGACCAACAAAGAGAAAGAAGAGGAUUUCAUGGCUAUUAAAGGCUCUAAGCUCCCCCAGAGACCCAAAAAGCGUGCCAAGUUCAUCCAGCGCACCCUCAAUUUGCACAUUGUUUUCCAGCUUUGGACCAUACUGGCCAGUGGACAAAGCGCAAAAGGCAUAUGAUGGCAUUGGCCACUAUGUACAUGCACUUAAGCGUGGCAAGGAGGUAGGGUGAGAUUGGAUCAUGUGAUUUGUUUCCGUCCCGUCCUCUUUUCGGGGUGGGUCGAGUUAGGAUGGGGUGGAGGUAUUUUGUCAUCCAACAUGAGAUGGUUCCAAUACUAAUAAGAUAGAGUUGUGAGAAAAGAGGAUGAGUUGCAUUAAGAGUGUUGAGAUAGAGAGAAAAAUGUUUUGGGAUGGUAAUAGA